CGCAUCGGAUGCUCGGAUGUUGUUUAUAAGGAGGUUUUGACAGACAGUGUAGAACUUUGCAGUUAUGAGUUUAUUUCUUCCUAAGUUGUCUAGCAAGAAAGACAUCGAUACAGUCAUUAAAACGGUUGCUGAAAAGGUUCUGGUUCUACGUUUUGGAAGAGAUGAUGAUGUUAUAUGCAUGCAACUCGAUGAAAUUCUGUCAAAAACAUCCCAUGAUUUAAGCAACAUGGCUGCUAUCUAUAUUGUGGAUGUGGACAAGGCACCCAUCUAUUCUCGCUAUUUUGACAUCAGCUUCAUCCCCUCGACGGUGUUCUUCUUCAACGGACAACACAUGAAAGUUGACUACGGGUCUCCAGAUCACACGAAAUUUGUGGGGAGCUUCAAAACCAAACAAGAUUUCAUGGAUCUCAUCGAGGUGAUCUAUCGUGGAGCCAUGAGAGGAAAGCUAAUUGUUCAGAGCCCCAUAGACCCUAGAAACAUUCCCAAGUACAAUCUACUGUACCAUGGCAUCUAGUGUAGGGUAACAGAAUGGACAUGGACAAAUGGGUUAAUUUGAUGCUGAUGGUGAGAGAUUUGUUUCCCAUGGAAACAACAAAAUAUGAGUUUCUUCUUGUGUCAGAAUAAGUGGCCAGAUAUUUAUGGCUCUAAGCAAGGAUUGAGUUUGUUUGGUUUUUUUUAACUUGCAUUUUUGUUACAAGUGUUGACUAAUGAAAUAACAAUAAAGGUUUGCAUUAA